AUGUCAUCGAACGAAGACCCGGUCAGCCCAGCCAGCGUAACCGACCACGGUAGAUUGACCAAAGCGCGCCCACUGCGUCCCAGAGCACGCACUAUCAAGGCAGAGCUGAAAAAGCAGGCGCCUUUGCCAUCCAUCUUGAAGAGCGAAAAACGUACCCAAGAUGAAUCAGACCAGCCACCGGCCGUCGAAUGGGGCUCAGAAAGCAGCCUGAUUGAGCGCCAAACCUACAUGCUCCAAGCUUGCCGGGCACUGAUCAAUUAUGGCGCACCGACGCAUCGUUUGGAGACAUACAUGAGAAGAACAGCAGAUGCGCUCGACCUUCACAUACAAGCCUUUUACCUGCCCAAUUGCAUGAUCAUAGCCUUUGACGACAGCGAUGUUGGUGUCCCAUCCAGGCGCUCCUUUGACGUCCAGAUCGUCACAUGCGCGCAAGAUCUCAACUUGGCCAAGCUCAGUGACACGCAUCGCAUAUACAAGAAUGUCAUCCAUCGGAAGACCGGAGCCAAGGAGGGCACAGCUUUGCUCGAGAAGUUGUUCGCACGGGAAGAGCAGCAUUCACGCUGGUUACGGGUCCUGAUGUAUGGACUGGCCUCAGCAUGCAUCGGACCGGUGGGUUACGAUGCUCGCCCUAUCGACUUGCCCAUAAUCUUCCUCCUGGGCUGUCUCGUAGGCCUUCUUGACCUGCUCGUUGCAACGAAGUCCUCGCUAGGAUGCGUCCUCGAGAUGAGCUCAGCCAUCCUGAUCUCCUUUACCGCCCGCGCUCUCGGGUCCUUCACAUGGGGCGAGGAGGGGCACAACUUCUGCUUUUCCGCGAUCGCUCAAUCUUCUGUGGUGAUGAUCCUUCCUGGUUUCACGAUCGCGAGCAGUGCUCUUGAGCUACAGUCGAAGAUGAUGCUCCCAGGUGCCGUGCGACUUGUCUAUGGAAUCAUCUACACCCUGUUCCUCGCUUUCGGCUUCAUCGUCGGCAUCACGGUCUAUGGCGCCUUCGAUCCGGCUGCUACCUCCGAUACCAAAUGUCGCCAUCCCUGGCCCUUCUGGUGGCAGAUCAUAUUCGUUCUUCCAUUCACGCUCUGCUAUGUGAUCAUCGGCCAAGCGAAAUGGAAGCAAAUGCCUGCGAUGCUCUGUAUAACAAUGGCUGGGUGGCUCGUCAGUCACUUUUCCGGGAAACGCUUUCCAACCGUACAGGCCUUCCCGACAGCAUUGGGAGCGCUAACGGUCGGCGUCCUAUCGAGCAUCUACUCCAGGUUUGCACGUGGUCUGGCAGUCGUCGUCAUGCAUCCGGGAAUUUUUAUUCUCGUUCCGGGGAGCUUUGCGGUUUCGGGGAGCUUGAUUGAAGGCUUGCACAACGCCAACGACGUGAUCAAUCAGAAGAACAAGACUGAAAAAGCCAGUCUGGACUCUUUCAAGGACCCGUCUGCGCUUUAUGCGGGCUACGCUAUGGUGGAGAUUGCUAUUGGCAUUGCUGCUGGUCUGUCUCUCAGUGCGAUGUUAGUGGCUCCUAUUCGGUGGAAGAAGAACCGGAACCCUGGACGAAAUGCUUCAACUUCUUCUUGA